AUGCCCCGGGCUCGGAAGGGCGAAGUAGCCCCUGCUGCUAACUCUACGGAAGUUCUCGCUAGUAGAAAAAGAAAACGAGGCGAAGGUGAGGAGUCUGGUGGCCCAGCCUCACGAAGGGAGAUCAACGGAGUUGAACACCAGGCUGGACUGUCCCCGAAGAGCCCUCGGACAAAGCUCAGGGUAGACAUUGUGUCAGCAGACCAUCUUGAAAUCGACCAAGAAGUAGACGGGCCUAUACCGGGUUUCAAACAAGAGGAGGCAUUUAGUAAAGGACGACGAAGCCCCAGGAGCAAAAAGGAGGCAAAACAAGACUUGGACGAACCGGUGCCCUCCACAGCUCCCACCCAUACACCGACCAAGACUGGUCGCAGGUCAACAGGCCGUGGCAGAAAGGUCAAGGUUGAGGAAGAAGAGGAAGAAGUGGAAGACGUACUGGACGGUUCUCUUGCUGACGAAGACGUGGAGUCGAAAUCGAAGUCGAAAUCGAAACCAAGACGUCCGCGCAAGAGUAAAACGACACAAGAUAGCAACAAGGCCGAAGAUUCGGACGAACCAGACGCAGAGUCGACGCCAAAACGCAAACGCAAGACUGCAGCCGAGCGUGAAGCAGACCGUAUCGCAGCCAUGAUCCCUCUAGCAGCUCGUGCGACAAACCUGAAGAUGUUCGUUGGCGCACACACGUCCAUGGCCAAGGGCGUCGAGAAUGCUGUGACAAAUUGUGUUCAUAUUGGGGGCAAUGCAUUUGCUUGUUUUCUGAAGUCUCAGCGCAAAUGGGAUAAUCCACCACUUGCAGACGCCAAUCGCGAUGCCUUCAAGGCGGCACUUCUCGAGCACAAGUAUGAUGGCACGCAACACAUUGUUCCUCACGGGAGUUACCUCGUCAACCUCGCUACCGAAGACAAGGCGAAGUCCGAGCAAAGCUACGCUGCAUUCAUAGACGAUCUACAUCGCUGUGAAGCUCUCGGUAUACGUUAUUACAACUUCCACCCCGGCGGUGCAGGACAAGCGCCAUUUAAUGAAGCUGUGGCCAGGCUUGCGGGAAAUCUCAAUCGUGCCUUAGCCGAGACAAAGACCGUCGUCCCACUGCUCGAGAACAUGGCCGGGCACGGGACUUUGAUCGGUGGCCGGUUCAGUGACCUGCGCGACGUGAUUGACCUGAUCAAGCCAGAAUUCCAAGCCAGGAUCGGAGUGUGCAUUGACACCUGCCACGCUUUUGCUGCUGGAUACGAUCUGCGCUCUCCCGAGGCAUUCGCGGCAACGAUGAAAGAGUUUGACGAGACGGUCGGGCUGAAAUAUCUCAAAGCGCUGCACUUGAACGACAGCAAGGCACCCCUCGGAAGCCACAGGGAUCUCCACCAGAACAUUGGCCUGGGUUUCCUGGGGCUGAGAGCCUUCCACAACGUGAUGAACUUCUCGGCGUUCGAAGGGUUGCCGCUCAUCCUCGAGACGCCAUGUGAACGACCUGAUCCAAGCGAUCCGAAGGGGAAGAAGACCAUUGACGACAAGAACGUAUGGGCCACGGAGAUCAAGCUCCUCGAGAGUCUGAUUGGAAUGGACGUGGAUGGCGAAACGUUCAAAACUCUAGAGAAGGACCUGGCGGACAAGGGCAGACAGGAACGAGAAACGAUGCAGAAGCAGUUCGACAAGAAAACCGAAGAGCAGAAGAAAAAGGCGGCCAAGGAGAAAGGCCAGAAGUCUCUGCGAGACAUGUUUGGGAAGCAGCCUGCAAAGACAGAAGCAGUUACAGCUAAGAAGAAUGGUAAGCAGAAGGGGACCAAAAAGAACCCAAAGGCAAAGGACGACGAGAGCGAGAGCGAGGGUGGGAACGAGAGCAGCAGUGGGUUGAGUGAUCUCAGCAGCUAG